AUGAGUCUUCUCCUUUUCCUAACUGAACCAACGGCAGAUAUCAAUGGUUUGGUAGAGGGUUCGCCGAACAGGAACAAUAAUUAUGAGAUCAUUAAUUNUGCGUUGCGAACGAAUACGACACUCACUACCCUUCACCUCAGCGGCAUCGGAAUCGGUGCUGAAGGAGCACAACACAUUGCGGAUGCGUUGCGAAUGAAUACGGUAAUAUUGAUCUUAUUUCAAAGAAUAUGCAGUACCCAGUCUAUAUCACACUUAGAGACACUCACCACACUUCACCUCCAUGAGAAUGGGAUCGGUGCUGAAGGAGCACAACACAUUGCGGAUGCGUUGCGAACGAAUACGACACUCACUACACUAGACCUCAGUUGGAACGAAAUCGGUGCUGAAGGAGCACAGCACAUUGCGGAUGCGUUGCGAACGAAUACGACACUCACCACACUAAACCUCAGUUACAACAGAAUCGGUGCUGAAGGAGCACAACACAUUGCGGAUGCGCUGGGAGCGAAUACGACACUCACCACACUUGAACUCGAGCGCUACAAAAUCUGGGAUGAAAUAGCUCAACGCAUUGCAGAUGCAUUGGAAAGGAAUAUAAGCGCCAAGAUGGUAUAUAUCUGGCUUUAA